AUGAAACUACGGUCAGGCAGCUCUACUCUUGAUGUACGAACAAGCCAUCGAAACAACAACGUCAGAAACUUCAAAGUUCAGCGUGAAGAAAGCGAAGGUGGGAAAAAUAUGCUGUACAACAUGGACGAAGUACCGCUCGGUUUUCGUGAACCAUACAUUAAAACAGGAUAUAGAAAGCCUUUCAUAACAACCUGGCAAAGCUUGCAGAGCCUCUUUCACAUCAAUAACGAGACCUUCAAUAUCUGGAGCCAUCUCGUGACCCUGAUCUACUUUGUGGUUCGUUAUACAUCGGUUCUACUUUUAUUAAAGCAAGCGAGUUCACCACGACGUUACUUCUUCUAUCCCAUGUUGUCGUCCGCUAUCGGAAGCUGGACAGUAUACGCGAUGAGCUCCAUAGCACAUACAUUUAACUCCAAAUCGGAAGAGAUACACAGCGCUUUGUAUUUUCUCGAUUACGCUGGGAUCAGUAUUUACACAUACACGUCAGGACAAGUGAUGUAUUACUACAAUCGACCAAUAAACACAGGGUGGAGAAUCUUCGAAUCUGCUUUAUUAUACACAAGUAUCGGUGUUUUUCUGUCGUUCACGGCAACAUUCUCCUGUUGCUUGAGUAAAAUUGCUUUCAAAGGAAAUAAGACGUACGCUGCUUUGAUUCGAGUGAUUCCUGUAUUUGCCGGAUGGUUGAACACUGUGUUAUCGCUGAUAGUUGGCGUGACACUUUGCACCUGUAACGCCAACACGUCAUUCCAGUCCUUUAUCGCCUGUAACGAUCUACUCAUAACGUACUUUCGACGACACUGUUUUUGUUCCAUUCUGGCCGGCGUUAUCUAUGGAUCUCGACUUCCAGAACGCUUACUGCCUGGGAAAUUCGAUAUAAUAGGAAACAGCCAUCAUUUUUUACACGUUUUCUCUGCCCUCUCAACCGAAUACGCCUUUAAGAUACUGGAGGUAGCCCUGGAAAGUCGCCAGGAUCAAAAGAAUGAACUUUUGGCAAAGUCGUUGGUCGGAAUAACUAGCGUAGAGACAGUUCUUCCAACAUUUGUAGUAUUUUUUGGAAAUAUAGCCAUUGCUUCCUGUUUUGUAAGGUCCAUUUUCAGAAAGGACUUCGUAAACAAGAAAAAGUGA